UAUCGGAACCAUUAUAUUGCGUUCAUUCAUUGCCUGGCGAUUUGAGGCCUUGUAAUUGUGACCGUGAAUAAAAGGGGUUUACUGGGAAACCGGCUGGAUUUGUACGCAAAUAAUCAGCUCGGUGCUUUUUACCUGCAGUCAUGAAGCUAGUGAGAUUUUUGAUGAAACUGAGCCACGAGACAGUGACGAUAGAACUGAAAAAUGGGACUCAGGUUCACGGCACUAUCACAGGUGUUGACGUCAGUAUGAAUACACACUUGAAAGCUGUAAAAAUGACUGUGAAAAACAGAGAGCCUGUGCAGUUGGAGACUUUAAGUAUAAGAGGAAAUAAUAUCCGUUACUUUAUACUACCAGAUAGCUUGCCCCUUGACACCCUACUUGUUGACGUUGAACCAAAAGUUAAAUCUAAGAAAAGAGAAGCUGUUGCUGGAAGAGGCAGGGGAAGGGGCCGUGGAAGAGGACGAGGAAGAGGACGGGGGAGAGGAGGUCCAAGACGAUAACUUACUACUGCUUAUUUUCACCAUGAACCGGGAAUAUCUUUUUGUACAGAUUUUUGCUAAUUUUUAAUAAAAACCAGAAUGGGUGUGCCUGUUUUUUUUUCUUUGAAAUUGUACAAGUGCGUUUUUUUGUUUUUGUUUAAAGUAAACAGUUUUGUUAGUAGAUAACAUGUACAUUUCAAGUUCACAUUUGAAAUCAGUUGUAUGACAUGGUGGACCCCACAUUGCAAAAAAUGAAACUUUUCUGAUACAAGUGAAAAGGUAAAUCGUUCUGGGCACAAUUACCUUAUGUUUGCAGAAUACAUUUUGUUGAUCAGUCACUUUUAUCUAGUAGAACUUGUUAGUUUUUUUUUUUUUUGUUCUUUCAAAAACGUAGGCAAUUUGUUUUUGAUAAAAUGAGUCUUUCCAGGGAUUAUUAAAACGGCAUGAUAUAAGAAUCUGGUAGGUGUUUGCAAGACCGAUAAUUAAUUGGGGAUUAUCUGGGUCUUAUAAUAUUACUGAUUUGUAAAACAUAUACAGUGCAUAACAUGACAAACUGUUUUAUUUGCAUUGUGUGAAAAUUGUAUUUGAGACAGAACAUCCUACAGUUACAGGUUAAAACUGAUGUAUAUUCCAUUAAAAUAUCUUCAAAUUUGUAGAUUUA